AGCCCAGAUGGACUUCCAAUUCGGAUAGUGAGGAACCAGCUGUACGAAUCACAGUGUAAAUCAAAUAAAUUAAUUACUGUUCGAAUGCAUAACAAGAGUUGUUGGGAGCGAUAGGUUAUUGAAUGAUAACUAUUUUGCUUGAUCUUUUCUGGUGAAAUCAAACACUUGCUGAACUUCAUCAUGAUUCAUGAGCAGAAGUAGAAACGCCUAAGUUUAUUUAUUUAUUGCUUUUAUUCUUCUCUACUCAUGCGAAAUUCAAUUACUAGAAAUGUCAAUGCAUUUUGGUGUUGUUAGGAGCCCAGAUGGACUUCCAAUUCGGAUAGUGAGGAACCAGCUGUACGAAUCACAGUGUAAAUCAAAUAAAUUAAUUACAGUUCGAAUGCAUAACAAGAGUUGUUGGGAGCGAUAGGUUAUUGAAUGAUAACUAUUUUGCUUGAUCUUUUUUGUUGAAAUCAAACACUUGCUGAACUUCAUCAUGAUUCAUGAGCAGAAGUAGAAACGCCUAAGUUUAUUUAUUUAUUUAUUUAUUUUUUGCUUUUAUUCUUCUCUACUCAUGUGAAGUUCAAUUACUAGAAAUGUCAAUGCAUUUUGGUGUUGUUAGGAGCCCAGAUGGACUUCCAAUUCGGAUAAUGAGGAACCAGCUGUACGAAUCACAGUUGAAAUCAGACACUUGCUGAACUUCAUCAUGAUUCAUGAGCAAAAGUAGAAACACAGAUUUAGUAGUGUUAUUGUCAACCUAUUCACCUUGUCCCCGUUGAUUAAGGAUUGUUGAUUCCACAACUGAGGUCAAGGCUUCAAGGAUUGGUACUUCCCUCCCUCGACUUCCCCUAAAAAAGUAAUUCUCAUUUUAUAGAGGCUCCCAUUUGUAUGAUUGAUACAAUUGCUCUACAGUAAUUUAUACAAGGGUGGGUAGACCUGAAUUAACAUAAUAGCUCGUUAUACUUGCUAUGGAUCUAGUUGCUCUGGAUAUCUUAGUAGAUCUAGCAAUGAAUGUAGAAUGAGGCAGAAGGAUUCCCAUGGCCGAUCCUUAAUUUAUGGGGAAUAAGGAUUAGUUUGUAGUUUUUUAUUGUAUUCAUCAUUUAAUGAAAAUUUUGGUCUUUUAACCUUCCUACACAUGGAAGAUGUUAGCAUGAAGCAUCAUCUGUGGCUAUUCAGUUAGAGGACUCUGUAAAGGAGUCCAUGGCUUGUUUUUUAUGCAGGAGUAAAUUUGCAUAUGUCAUAAUUUUCUCUUCUUGCUCAACUUUUAAAAUUUGCUUAACUUUUACUGGCUGCAGGGGGAAAUAUAUUGGGAUUGGAUGAACGGUGCUUCUUCAUCUAGUGGCCUGCGAACAGCUUUCUCCUACUGCGUACAGCAAGUUCGAAAUUAUGACUAUCAUCAUUAUCUUUGUCUUCUUGAACUUCCGCCAAACAUGAGGAAGGCUGCCUUUGCACUCCGUGCUUUUAAUGUUGAAACGGCCAGAGCUAUGGAUGUUGCUUCCGAUCCUAAGAUAGGUCUUAUGCGCCUGCUAUGGUGGAAAGAAGCAAUUGACAAGAUCUUUUCGAACAAAUUAAUUGAGCAUCCCGUAACUAGGGCACUUGCAUCCGUAAUAUCUGAACACAAAGUAAGCAAGAACUGGCUGAAACGCUCGGUUGAAGCUCGAAUUGAUGAUGCCAAUAGAGAGGUUACUGAUAUUCCUGAAACUUUGGAAGUGUUGGAACGAUAUGCCGAGGACACUGCUUCGACUAUCCUGUACUCAACGCUUCAAUCGGGUGGUAUAAGGUCCACCUUAGCAGACCAUGCUGCAUCACAUAUUGGCAAGGCGAGUGGCCUUUUAUUGCUCCUCAAGUCUCUGCCAUACCAUGCUAGCAAAAACCGUCAUUUUCCUUACAUACCUGCUGAGGUGGCAGAAAAGCACGGGUUGUUGGUAAAUCAUAGCGGACAGCAGGAAAUUCGUCUGGAUUCUCGUGAGGAUCUAUGCAAUGCAGUAUUUGAAAUGGCAUCUGUAGCUAAUGCUCAUUUGCUGAAAGCUCGGGAAUUAUGUGGAACAGUUCCAACUGAAGCUUGUCCAGUGCUGUUGCCAGCUGUGCCUGCUGGGGUUAUUCUGGACACAUUAAAACGUGUUCAGUUUGAUGUGUUUGAUCCAAGGUUGACACAUGGAAUUUUAGGGAUUCCUCCUUUGUGGUUCCAGUUGAAACUGAAGUGGUAUUCAUUGAGAGGAAAAUACUGAUAUUUUUUGUUCUGUGAAGAUCUGAUUCUUGCCUUUUCAAGUUGGUCGGAAAUUUCCCAUCACAUAGUGAAUUUAGAAGAAUAAGGGCAAUGAAAAUCAUUCCAAAUGAGGAUAAUUUUUCUUGUUGACCUGUAAAAGUUUUCUGGUUCUAGCAGAUUACAAUAAUGAAUGUUAUUUUAGAGGUGGAACCAUAAUUGCAUUUAUAGAGCUAGAGAAAACUAUUUUUCUGUA